CCGUUUCAAUGGUUCGUCUUACGUUCUGUCUGGCUCUCCUAUCGGUGCUGGCUUGGUCGGACCACGCCUACGAGGUACCAGAUGCCAGCGUGCGGGUUUUCUACCCCAAGGGUUUCGAGGUCUCUAUACCAGAUGCAGAGGGCAUCUCUUUGUUCGCCUUCCAUGGCAAGGUGAACGAAGAGUUCGACGGUCUGGAGGCGGGACGGUGGGCCCGCGAUAUACCCAAAGCGAAGCGGGGACGUUGGACCUUUCGGGAUCGCGAGACGGUGCUCAAUUUGGGCGAUACCCUGUACUUCUGGACGUAUGUGGUGUACAAUGGCCUGGGUUAUCGUCAGGACGAUGGGGCCUUUGUGGUUUCCGUAUAUGACAGUCAAAGGAAUUAGCAUUCGCAU